CUGCUGUUAGCCUUUUGGAAAAGGAAGUGAUUAAAUAGAGAAGCUGUCUUCAGAGCAUGCGCCAGAAGAGGAGGGAGUAGAGGGUUACAGAGACAUCCGGACUGGGCUGAGCGGAGCGGAGGCGGUAGUAGGCAAUGACAGAGAGUGAGACACAUACGACCUAGUAAAGAACAUUCUACACUGCUGAACUACUGUUUGGUGCUGUAGUCCGGAGACAAACGGAGAGAGGAGCGGACACAUGUUUUCUCUUUAGAGAAACGGAAGGAACUAACCGUGUAUAUUUUCUGAAAACGUAUUGGAUAGAUUCUAACACAGCGACCUGGUUUGAGAGAGAGAUUUAAGGUCGGUUUUUCGGUGAAAGGGAAACUAUGUCGUCUGCGGUGGUAGCUGCCUCUCGUAGGCAGUCCUGUUAUUUAUGCGACCUGCCCCGCAUGCCUUGGGCUAUGAUCUGGGAUUUUACCGAACCAAUCUGCAGGGGAUGUGUCAACUACGAAGGAGCGGACCGGAUCGAGUUUGUGAUUGAGACAGCCCGGCAGCUGAAGCGGGCUCACGGCUUCCAGGAGGGGAGAUCCCCGGGGAAACAGCAGCAGCUAUCGGGGAAAGAGAUCCAGUCUAACCACCACGGGUCUGGAGGAGACCCCGGAUCCCGGUCUUCACAGCCCCCGGACCGUUACCCCGUCUCCACCUUGGACCGUCCGCUGCGGAUGGGACCGGAGUACCAGUCUGGGAGACAGGCUAACGGCAUUCCGGUACCUAAUGGAUUUCCUAAACCUGACGACCCACCCGAGCUCAACCGGCAGAGCCCCAACCCGCGAAGGAAUAACACUGUUCCUCCUAAUCUAGUUCCUCUGGUGAACGGGAACAUGUCCUUGUUACACGUAGUUAACGGCAGAACCGUGUGUCCGAUGGCGAUGGGGCACCCGGGGUCAGGUUUGAUGGCAGGUAGCCCCAACGAGCACUGCGGCGGUAAACGGUUAAUCUCGGUCUCCUGCAGUGACCAGCACGAGAAGGAUAAGCAGCACAGACCGGACAGCCUGACACCGGAGAUAGAGAAUCACAAAGCCCGGGCGGAUGAGUGGAUGAACAAGGGGAAAACGGUCAGGGACUUGAUGGCUCUCCAUACCUUCGACAACCGGUUCAAGAAGGAUCCUGCAGCCAUGCAACAGAGGGCGAUGGGCUAUGAGCAACAACAGAACGGAGCUGCUUCUAAAUCAGACAGGGGAAAACACCUGCGGACUAUGAAGAGGAAAGCAUCACCAGAACCUGAUGGGGAGAGAGAGGGAACCGCCUCCAAGCAUAACGGAGAGGACAGACAGCAGUGGUUACCGGGUCCACCAUCUGACCGUGACGGACAGAAAAUGCCCCCGGGUCCGCCACCAAGUUUCCCCUCCAUUCCCCCCACCACCAUAUCCCCCCACUCACGCACCACCCCACCGGAAGCUUCGCAGAACGGCCAGUCUCCCAUGGCAGCGCUGAUCCUGGCGGCAGACAACGCCGGUGGUGGUGCCGGGAACAGCUCGCCCAAAGACGGUAAUCAGGUCCACUCCACCACGCGCCGCAACAGCAGUAGCCCGCUCUCGCCCUCCUCCAUGAACCAGAACCGCCGGCCCGCACAGGGUAAGGAGGCAUCCGGUAGUGUGGGGACACUUCACGCGCCAGGGGGAGGAAUGAUGGACCAAGGGCAUCAGAGCAUUCCAGACUCGUCAGUACCCGGGAGCGUACCCCUCUGCUGCACGCUCUGUAACCAGAGGUUAGAGGACACGCACUUCGUUCAGUGUCCGUCGGUACCCUCGCACAAGUUCUGCUUCCCGUGCUCGCGGGACAGCAUCAAACAGCAAGGGUCCACCGGGGAGGUGUACUGUCCCAGCGGGGAGAAGUGCCCGUUGGUCGGCUCUAACGUCGCGUGGGCUUUCAUGCAGGGAGAAAUCGGCACCAUCCUUGCAGGGGACGUCAAAGUAAAAAACGAAAUGGACACUUGAGAUGAUUAUAUUUUCUAAAUAUUUUGGGGAGAAAGAUUGUUUUGGGGGGAAAAGACCAAAUACAAGUGUAUAAAUAUAAUAUAAAUAUUAUAAUGAAAUACCACAUAAACAAACUAACCAACCGAUUUUGUACAUAUUUUACCCAAACCGAGGUAAAACGAACUAGUUUAGGCUAUACUUUGUAAAACAGAUUUGUUUUAAUACGUUCAGUUUCUAUAUUUUUGAAGAUAAAGGUAUGUCAUUAUAAUAGAACUGGGCUCUCUCGGCCCCUAUUUGCUGCUGUUUAACACUGUUGAUGUAGGCCUACUUCUAGUCGUGCUUCCAAAAAGGCACUCAGUUCCCUAAAUAGGACACUACUUUUGAGCAAGGCCCCCCACAGGAACACCCACAGGGCUCUGGUCAAAAGUAGUGCCCUAUUUAGCUAACAGGGUGCUUUUAGGGACGCAAGCUCUAUCUGGUGGCUUUUCCUGUUCAAAACCUAGAAUGAUGAUGACGCCGUUCUCCACGAGCACUUGACAACCAACUGAAAUGCUUUUAUCUGUAACUUGUAUGCACUUGUUUCAAAAGAAUUGACAAAUACAAUGUGUCAUCUUGUA